GGCCUCACCCUUGCCCACCACAUACUCCCAUAUGAUGCCCUAGUCUCUUCAGCUGCGAUCCCAACGAAGUAUAUUACAGAGAACAAAAGCAGAGGACGGACGGAGCCACACUGAUUAUACCUAGACUAGAUGGGGAACACACACCAGGCCGGCAUCAAGAAAGAUGAUCAUGGAGGCAGCUGCGACCAGCAUCCACAGACGGCCUCCGUCGCCCCUGAUCAGCUCCGGGCCGGCGUCAACGGAGAUCAUCCUGGCGGCUGCAGCCUCGACCAGCAGCCACGGGUGGUCUCCGUGGUCAACCUUGAUCAGUUCCAGGCCGGCGCUGCAGAUAGAGCACGAAACCAGCUGCAGCCUCUCACCGGAGAGCAUGACGUCGAGACCAGCACCUGCAUGUUGAAAAAUUGCGAGAAAAAAUGUGCUACGGAUGGAGGAGGCAGAAGCAGCAGGAUAGAUAUUCUGCUGCCUGCUGCGCUGCCGGAGCCGGACGGCGUGCAGUUUGUGCUCCACAGUUUACCGGUUGCCAAAGGGUGCAUUGGAGACGGUGAUGGCUUCACUGCUUAUGUGAAGAAGGCUGCGGGUGUGGCCGUCAGCGGAUCAUAUAAGAAAGGUGAUACAAACAACCGAGCUUCACAGAAAUACCGCAUUAGGAUGAGGGGAAUUGAUGCACCGGAGCUAGAAAUGGAACACGGGGAUGAGGCAAGGAAUGAGUUGGUGAAGCUUAUUGGGGGGAAGUGUAUUACGAUCAAUGUGUAUGGGACGGACCAAUAUGGAAGAUAUCUUGGCGACAUCUACUGUGACGGAAUCUUUAUCCAAGAAGAAAUGUUGAAAAGGGGCUUCGCCUGGUAUUUCAAAACAGGCGAGACACGUCCCGAAUUGGCAAGAUGGGAGAAACAAGCGAGAGAGGCACGUCAAGGGCUUUGGUCAUCAGAUAAUCCUCAAAAACCUUGGGAAUGGAAGAUGGAUCACCCGCGCAAACAAAACAACAAAAAGGUUAAAAUGCAAAGCCAGGGCAAGGAGAGCAUUGAAACCCUACCAUGGCUGAUAAGUAAAGAUAUGGAGACCCUUGGUAAGGAGUGGAAAAAUAAGCUAGAAAAAAUUGUGGCUGACAACGUGGAAUUAAAUGAUCAUCUCCUGGAGUUGGAGAGAAAUAAAAAGGAGGCCGAAGAACGAGCUAAGGAGUUAGAAAAUGAAAUGGAAAGCAUUAUGGUUGACUACACGAAACUAAAUGAUCAGCUCGAGGAGUCAAAAAAGAAUAAAAAGAAGGCCGACGAUCGAAUUUUGAAGUUGACCUUUGCCAUAAACAUUUAUUUGCAUGAUAAGCUAGGGAAAUUAAAGGAGAAGAAUGAAAAGGCCGAGGAUCAGGUUAAGGGGUCAGAGAAGGAAAUGGAAAGUGUUAUUGCUGUCAACGGUGAACUGAAUGAUCAACUUCGGGAGUUAAAGAGAAAUAAAGAGGUGGCUGAGGACCGAGCUGCGGAGUUGAAGUUCUACUAUGAUAAUCUUGCAGCUGUAAACAUCGAUUUGCAGAAUGAGUUGAAUGAAUUGAGGGGGAAGAAUAGAGAGGCUGAGGACCGAACGAAGGAGUCAAAGAAGGAAAUGGAAAUUGUUGUGGCUCACGACAUGAAACUGAAUGCUCAGAUUCAGAGAUUAAAUAACAAGGUUUCGAACAAAUCUAGGAAGCGUAAAAAGAAACUGCACAAGGAUUUGAAUGGUGAGCUUCAGAAGUUACAGAAGAAUAAUGAAAAUACCAAGGACCGAGCUAAGGAGUUAGAGAAGGAAACAGUAAAUGUUGUAGCCGAGGAGCAAAACAUACAAGGCAUAAGGCACGAGGAGAGUGAACAAGCUGUAGAGACCCCGGUGGCACCACCUCCUCCAGCCAAGGAUUCUGGCGAGAAAGACACCGUUGUGUGGCGGAAGAAAACGGCCACAACGACAUGUUCAACACCUCAGUCUGAGGGUCACUGCGAAUAGCCAUGACCUACAUGUUAAAGUCAAGCUCUUUGAUUGUACAAGUUGAAUGACAAUGUGUUGCAAUAAAAAAUAUUAUAUGCUACAGAA